CAAUGUCAAAAAUAUUCUGACGUGUUGUGGUCUUUCUGACUUCUUUGCAACAGAAUAAUUGUUCUGUUUUUCUGUAGCCAGAAAUUAGUGAAAAAUAAGAACUAGAAUUUUCUGAAGGGUACCUUAAGUCUAAAAAGGUUGAGGACUACUGCCAUAGAGGCUCAGAAGAUCAUUGCUAGGGUUAGUACUUUGACUGAAGUCUGUUGCAGUAGGACUGCUUUUUCUGCUGCUUCCCCUGAGGUGUAGGGACCAAAAUACAGAGAUAGCAGGUCACCUUGGUGCCUUUGAAACUUGAAGCAUCCUGCCUAUGCUGCUACUUAAAGAGCUCAAUCCCCUUAAAUAUACCAUGCCUUAAGAUAGAAAGAAUACCUCGCAAUGGCAGAAAAUACCAUUUUAGCUAUAUCUGAGGCAUUGAAAGUGGUGUACAAAGAGAAUACUGGCUGUGAGCUGGCCUUGAUUCAUAAGCCUUCAGUUCUUCCAUCUGUUCCCUUGGUAGUUAUUUUAUUAUGCCUGAUUGAUAGUUAAUUUCAAAGGAGAAUAUUGUAUUUGAAGAGCUGAGUUUAUUAAUAAAUGAUUUUCAUCUUUAGGUUUAUGGAAGCACAUAACUUAUAAUCAAAUGGAGUCAGCUUUUUGGAUACUUUUCAUGAAGGGUGGGAUUUUUCUGUUCUGUGCUUCUCUUGAAACCAUUGCACUACCAAAAAAGUAGGGCCCAAUAUUGAUGAAUGUAUUUAAGCCCCUUUUUUGAAACUUGGUAUUUCUAACAGCUCUCUUUGAAGUAGGCAGAAGAGAGCCCAAAGUAUGUUUUUGGUUUGUUUUUUUUCCAGGCCCCAGUUUUCAUUAAAAAACUAUCAUGUCCAAACUCUUUGUAUGGAAAAGAUCUUAAGUUUUUGCCUGACCUUGUAGUAGAUUAUAAAAUAAAAAUCUGUUUAGUUUAUUUGAAGAGAUCUUUAAAACAGUUUAAACUCAUCCUGGGAAGUAGAGGAGAGAGAGGAUUAACUGCCUUAACAGGACAUGAGGAUGAGGUCCUCUUUUUAGGAUUGGGGUGUUCUGGGUCUGUGGAAAGACUCCUUCCUAUAGUACUGUCACCCUCUACUGAUUGGAGUUGAAGAGCUAGAGGUGGCUUUAUUUACUUCUUUGGAAAAAGAGACAGUUGAAGUGUGUUUCCUGAAGUUAGGAUGUCAUACUUCAUGAAACCAGUAUAGUUAGAAUUGGUAGGCAUACUGUGGGCAUAUAGAGUUAACAGCUGGUUGCUCCCUGAAGGCUCAUGCUCUCUUUCCAUGUUCUUCCGUUGCUUCCUUCUGUUGCCUGAGGGACUCCCACUGUGCCACUCAGGGUGGGUUUGUGUAUGAGAAAGGGAAACUGUCAAGUGUGCCUUCAAGACGAUGAGAAUGAAUACAUCUCAUCUACUGGAGCUGUAGUCCUGUUCACAGUGCUGGUCCUGCACCAUGCGGGGUCAGGUUGGAGAGCAUCUUGGAGAUGACAUCCUCUCAAAUAUUUCAGGGGAGGAGAGUCUGGAACUGAGUCUACUGAAAAUUGUCUGGGAUCACAGAUGGCUUCAGUACUGAGCUGUCCAGUGCUUGAGGUGAUGUCUUGUUUUGAGGAGGUAAUUCUUUGUGCUUAAGGUAAAGUUUUAGGUGUGGAAGGUCUUUGUUGAGAUCAAUGGCAGUAUAGUACCGGGGUAGCAUGGUUCUUAGGCAAAGGAACCAUUGGUGUCAGAUCUUUGGGAAGAGAAACGGAUCUGUGAUUUUUUUUUUUCAGUUUAAUGACCACGUGGGAAAGGUUUUGAGCCUCUUGUGUGGAACUGGCAAUGACAAGCUGUGCCUGGAUUGCUGGCUGGAGUGGUGUUCCUGCCUCAUUGCUGAGGAGUGUGGUCUGUGACGGGAGGCAACUUUUGAGGAGGCACACCAGGGACAGGCUGGUCACAGUUUCCUCAGGAGUCCUCUCCUCUUUAAGCUGGUGGACAGAUUUGUUACAGAAUAUGAGUGAUGCAAUGGCUAUUUUACAUAAACUGCAGACGGGCCUGGAUGUUAAUGUGAAAUUCACUGGUGUACGAGUAUUUGAAUACACACCUGAAUGUAUUGUGUUUGACCUUCUUGAUAUUCCCUUGUACCAUGGAUGGUUAGUGGACCCUCAGAUUGCUGACAUAGUGAAAGCAGUUGGCAACUGUAGCUACAAUCAGUUGGUGGAGAAAAUAAUCUCUUGUAAACAGUCAGACAACAGUGAGCUGGUUAGUGAAGGAUUUGUAGCAGAGCAAUUUCUGAACAACACAGCCACUCAGUUGACAUACCAUGGAUUAUGUGAGCUGACUUCAGCAGUUCAAGAAGGAGAACUUUGUGUGUUCUUCAGGAACAACCAUUUUAGCACCAUGACCAAAUAUAAGGGUCAGCUUUACCUGCUGGUGACAGACCAGGGGUUUCUUACAGAAGAGAAAGUUGUUUGGGAAAGUUUACACAACGUAGAUGGUGAUGGGAAUUUCUGUGAUUCUGAAUUUCACCUUCGGCCUCCAUCAGACCCAGAAACUGUAUACAGAGGGCAGCAAGAUCAAAUAGAUCAGGACUAUCUGAUGGCAUUGUCUUUACAACAAGAGCAGCAGAGCCAAGAAAUCAAUUGGGAAGAGAUCCCUGAAGGAAUUAGUGAUCUUGAGCUAGCCAAGAAACUUCAGGAAGAGGAGGAUAGGCGAGCCUCUCAAUACUAUCAGGAACAAGAACAAGCAGCUGCAGCUGCAGCUCAGGUCCAGCAGGUACAAGGAGCAGCUUCUCCAGCAAGCGGAAGACAAUCUGGGAGCAGUGAACGCAAACGAAAAGAACCUCGGGAGAAGGAGAAAGAGAAAGAGAAGGAGAAAGAAAAAGAAAAGAACAGUUGUGUCAUUUUGUAACAGGAGAUGGAUUGUUGCCUGGAGCCAAGUGCACGUCGUCGGAAAUAAGAACAAGGAAUAAAAAGGAAGAUAAACCCGUUACAUGCCGCCUGUGCCUGAUUAUCCCCAUGGAUUUUGUUCCUGCUUAAGGAGAGGAUGGGUGACCACUUUGUUACAAUCGUACAGACUUUUGUCAAAGUCCUAGUGCACGCUCGUUGAGAUGAAAUUCCAAACCACAAUCGGAUGCGGCUGUGCUUUGAGUCAGUCAUGAGAAUAUUGCACCUUGUAGCUGAACACACAUCACAGCAAGUUUUGUGUCAUAGUGACAUGCAUUAUUCAUAAUAUCAGUUAGUAAGCUAUUUCAUCUUUUACUCGACAGAAAGGAAGUAAUAUGUUUUGUGUCAGAUUUCUUCCUGAAGUCUUUACAUCAGCACAACAGAAUCAUGGUUCUUUUCAUGGUAUGAAAUAUAACUUAGACUGGGUAUUAAUGGCACUAGAGCCCAAUGAGCUUCCCAGCACACUGCCUCCUCAACAUGCCCAGAUUCUUCGUGUUCAGGUUCUGGUGUCCCACGUGCAUUCUUUUUCCCGGGAUUACACUGGUUAGUGCAGUCAUUGCACCAUCCAGCCAGCUUUACUUUUGCCCUAUUAGUAAGUGGUCUGUCAAAUGUCUUACUGAAAAUUGUGUGUUACAGAAAAUCGGAGCAUCUAUUGAUAAGCAAGAUAUAUCUUCAUUAUUACUUCUCUUGCAGUUAAAAACUGGGUAUUGUAACUCAGAACUUAUCAGGGUUGAACAAAUGAUUUUAUAGUUUCUUUUCUUUAGAAUUUUCUCUUAUAGGUAAACUGGACCAGAGAAGUUGUUCUUAUUUAUUGACCUCUUCAUGUGGUAGGUGAUAUGUGGAAGGAAACUAAAAGUCUAUAAUAAUUCUUUUCCUAUGUAGGAAUGCAGAAUCAAAAUAACUAACUUAAUAUCUGCCUUUUUCCAGAAGUACCUUGAACCUUAAGAUGAUGUUAACAUGUCCACUUGUACAUUUAAGCAGGUGUACUGUACACAAAUACUUUUUUUUAAAUCACGUAUCUGUAAAAAGCACACUUUUGCAGGGUCAGAGAGAGGUUAAAUUGCUCUCUAGGAUUGUUUGGAAAGUCUCACAGGUGUAGUAUCACUUUGUUUUUUAAAUCACUAAUCUAAAGUUUUGGGAAAUGUCUGUAGAAAUAACCAGAUUUUCUAAUUUAUGGGAACCAAAUAAACACAUUGCAUCUCGUAGAAUUUAUAGGAUACAGAAACAAAAUAUUUGCUGAAUUUUAUUAUGAGGAAACCACAAAUCCUCCAUUUCAAUAGGGAAAGUCAGUAAUAAUUACUUUAUUGCUGAUCCUUUUGAUAAACUUUAUAUUUAGCAAUUUGUAGAUACUUUGAAAAGGGCUGCUUGUGCUGGAAAAGUCCUGAUUUGCACACUAAGUCUGGGUAAGUGCAUUCUCAUAAUUGAGUAUGGAACCGCUUAAAGCAGCCAGCUGGAACAUGACAUUCCUAUUUUUGGAUGUAAGAUGUCUGUCGGGUGCAAUUUUUAAAAAGUCUUGAUUUUGAAACGUAGAUAUAUGGGUAAAGAACUGCUCUAAAGUUUUUUUCAAACAGCGUUGCCAUCAUGAUCAGAACCAGUCAUCACACACAUCUGUUGCAUACUAAAAUAAAAAAAGUAGACUGAUAUAAAGUAAGAUUAUUUAUUACAAUAACUGUGGACAGUCUGGAUUACUUUUUUCCUCAGCUUUUUCUUUCUAUCCAUUUGUUACACUUUGUUACUACAUUCUUUUUAUUAUACUGAAGUGAUGAAUGGUUAAAGAAGGUCUUUGUUGGACAUUAAAUCUCAGAUACAGAAACUUCUUGGCAAUUAUAGAUAGAACUAUACUUGGUUAUUAAUACCUAGAUGUACACAGCUAAAAUAACAAUCUGUGUCAAACAGUUAACUUCAUUUCUUUUGCUGAAAUGAACCAUUUCUUUAAAUAAAUUUAUAUUCAUAUUAGGAUGAACAUAAGCUUAAUAGAUCUGCUUUUCUUUACACUGAAUGGAAGAUAUCAACGUUGUAUUAUAUUGGAACAACAAAGGCACCAAACUAGAAUGUUGUUUAAAAAGCAAUGUGUUAGUGAAGGGAUUUUUCCCAUACUUGUGUAUAUCCAUUUAUUUAUUGCCCUUGACAAAUAAAUGUGUCAACUUUAAGCUUUGUUAAUUAAUUAUUUCUGGUAAUGAUACUACCAUUUUGAAUUCCCAACUAAAAUUAAUUUGGCAUUAUAGCUGUCAAGUUCAGUAAACCAUAGUUAAUUGAUAUAUGGGAUAAUUACCAGUUUUCCAUCUUUCCCAUAGUAUCAACUCCUGUUUAUCAGAAGAGUCACUAUUAUUUGCAUUCCCCUUGGAGUGGUGAAUUAACUGGAGUUUACUGUAAAUAAUUUUGUAAACUAAAGUCACAAAAUAAUUAACUGCAUUUACUAGUAGUACCAGAAAAGUUUGUGUAGCACUUCCACUUCAUGUCCCACUGACUCUCCUGAAACAUAAUGUACUGAUGGUAAUAUUGUCAUAUUUGGUUACAGUGGAAGAAAACAAAUGAAAUAAGAAUGUGUGUUUAAAAAGUAAGUUUUCUAGAGAAUUUGGUUUCUCCUCAAUAAAGAUUUUAUCAAUUUCAGAACUAUU